GCAAAAAAUGCAAGCCGAAGUCCAAAGUGUCUCCUGAUCCUGAUGAUAUUGCCUCUUUGUUGUCUGAAAUGAGCUUAAAGCCUACAUCAGAAAAGCUUUUCCUACCUGAUAUGUCUGCAUCUUUAGUGACUACUCAAAAUGUCAACAAAGAACACGAUACCACAUCACUGCCUUGUGACCUGCAGGUUGAUUCUGUUCCACCACCAAAGUUAGAAUACUCAUUAGAAAAAGAUAAGGAAUGUGACAUUUUCACACCUUUGAGCAACUUAGAUGAAAUGAAAAGCCCUGAUAUUUGUUCUUCUCCUGUACCAGGUAAUGCACAUCAGUCUGUUGCUUCUUCACCAAACAUCUCAACUCUCAUUUCUGAACUGCAGCUGAGCAGUAUAGAUUGGGAGUCUACUUCAUUUACCAAGUCUCCUCAAGUGGAAACUCAAACUGGAACUGAUGUUAAAGGAAACUUUGAGUUUGAUGAUCUUAAAGCACAUUUACGCUACAAAGCAACCACCGAUAGUCCAGCUAUGUCUAACAGUAGCUUAGAGAAGAUGACUAAAGAAAUUAUUGAAACAAACAUUUCAGGUGUUAGUCUGGAGAAGCCAACUAAAGAUGAAAUUAAACCACACAUCUCAAAUUUGGAAAAUGGUUUAGAGAAACCAACCAAAGAAAUUGUUAAAUCGAACAUCUGCAAUGUAAGAAAUAAGAAAGAAACCUUAUCGUCAAGGGAGCCCAGGGUAGAGCAUUUACAAACGUUACCUUUGAAAGAACGGAUACUUUUAAAGAAUGCUCAUUCUUGUGCACCCUAUCCUCUCACUUCUAAUAAUAAAGUUUCCAUGAAGCUUGCACCCCUAAGUCUACAUAAAAUAGAAUGUACAAAGUCUGAAAGCUCUGUUAGCUCAUCAGCUCCAUGUACUACUGGUGUGGGUGUUGUCGAGAAACCACAGCUAAGCAAAGAAGAAUGGGUAUCAAGAGAAUCAACCCUGCAAGAAAAUAGAAAACCAUCAGUCGCGCCCUUGAAACAAAUGAGCACAAAUACUAGCACUUCUGUUAGGUCUUAUACGUUUGUAAAAGAUAUAAAGAAGACAUCUCUCCAGCCUAUAAAAACCAUUUAUGCUGAAAAAAAUUAUACGAAAAAUGAAAAGCAAACGGUUUCAAAAUUACAUGUAAAAAAGAGUACCUGUCACAAGAGGUCUUCAUCUAGUGAAGACAGUGAUAGAGAAAAUGGCGGCAGUAGAUUUUCAAAAGAAAUGCAUAUAAAGAACAAGAGCUUUUUGAAUCAUGUUUUAAAAAUGGAAAGGGAUGUGGCAAAUGUAAACACCCAUAUAACCUCUCAAACUCUCACAAGUGCACCUCUAGCAAUACAUGAGAUUCAUAGUCCAGACAAAAAGUCUGCCAACUCAAGGGUUUCUAAUACUUCAGAAGAAAGUGACGCAGAUGACUCGAUUAUUGCUGUAGACAGCCCACUGCCAUUGGCUGAAAGACUAAAACUACGGUUAUUACAGAGCCAAUAGUACAUAUUUUAUCCUGAGGCGAUAUAUAUAUUUGUUUGUGCUUUAUAAAUGUUUUUUUUAAAUUUAUAUUUGUAUAUUAUGUCAUGACAUGUACUUAUGAAAUGAAAAUAAUCUUCCUUUCAUUUA